GGGGUGACGUCAUUUGUGCGACAGGCUUGCAGUGUUGUUAGUAUGUAGCCGCGGCAGCUUCGAACCAUUUUGCUGGAUUUCGCUGCAAAAGAAGAGGUUUAAAAACUUUAAAAAGACUCGACGAUGAUCGUGUGAGUUACUGUGUGCGACAGAAACAGAAGUCUGGACAGUGUUGAGCCACAAACGCUGUUAUUACAACGCUGCCAGCUAAGUGGCUACAUUAGCCAAACAUGGUGACAUGCUGCUGUUUGUGAUUUGUGGUUUUCAGGCGACAAUGUGAAUAGUCGAAUAGUCAGUCGGUGUGUGUCGGUGGUGUGUUGUGGAGCAGGAGGUGGCGGAGGGCAGCCGCAGGCUGAGGCUUGUGCUGAGCUCUGUGUUGCCGGUGGUCGGUGUCCAGAAUGGAGACCUGGACCCCGAACCCCCGAGCCAAGCCCUUCAUCCCGCGUCAACAGAGGAGCCUGUACCUCACCUGGAAAUAUAAGAUGACCAACAAGAGGACCAUCCGUCGACUGUGCCAGGCUGGUGCUGUGCUGUUUCUGCUGAUAACUGUCAUAGUCAACAUUAAACUCAUCUUGGAUACAAGAAGAGUAGCUAAUGAAGAUGCAUCAGCUCAAGAAUAUGAGGACGCCGUACCCAACAUGGAGACACCUCGCAGGCCGGCUAAUGGACGAAAGGUGCUCGACAUCGAGGUGUACUCCAGCCGCUCCAAGGUCUACGUGGCUGUGGACGGAACCACUGUUCUGGAGGAUGAUAUGCGGGAGCAAGGCCGUGGUAUCCAUGUAAUAGUUCUUAAUCAGGCAACGGGUCAUGUCAUGGCCAAGAGGAUAUUUGACACCUACUCUCCUCACGAAGACGAAGCCAUGAUCCUCUUCCUCAACAUGGUGACCCGGGGCCGAGUUCUCAUCUUCACCAUAAAGGAUGAGGGCACGUUCCACUUGAAGGACGCCGCAAAGAACCUGCUGAAGAGUCUCGGCAGCCAGGCGUCCAUCAACCUCAGCUGGAGGGACAUGUGGACACUUGUGGUGAAAAAAGGAGGUCAGGUUUAUGGGGAGAAGCACUCGAAGUCUCCCGCUCUGUCCACCUGGGGAGACCCCGUGCUGUUGAAGACUGAGGUGCAGCUCACCGCCUCAGAAGAGGCAGAGUGUCACUGGGCAGACACUGAGCUGAACAGGAGGAGGAAGCUCUUCUGCAGCAAAGUGGAAGGAUACGGCAGCAUCUGCAGCUGCAAGGACCCAGCACCUAUAGAGUUCAACCCUGACCCACUCCCCGUCAAUAACGUCUUCAGUGUCCCUGUGGCUGUUAUUGCAGGGAACAGACCCAACUAUCUCUACAGAAUGCUCAGGUCACUUCUUUCAGCUCAUGGUGUCAACCCACAGAUGAUCACUGUCUUUAUUGACGGAUAUUACGAGGAGCCUAUGGAUGUUGUAGAGCUGUUUGGACUGAAGGGAGUUCAACACACGCCCAUCAGCAUCAAGAAUGCCCGAGUGUCUCAGCACUAUAAAGCCAGUCUGACUGCAACUUUCAACCUUCACCCAGACACCAAUUAUGCCAUUGUCCUGGAAGAAGACCUGGACAUCUCUAUUGACUUCUUCAGUUUUCUGAGUCAGACCAUCCACCUGCUGGACGAGGAUGACAGUCUGUAUUGUAUCUCAGCCUGGAAUGACCAGGGCUAUGAACACACAGCUGAAGACCCGGCCCUUCUCUACAGAGUAGAGAGUAUGCCUGGCCUGGGCUGGGUGCUGAAGAAGAGCCUCUACAAGGAUGAACUGGAGCCAAAAUGGCCCACACCUGAGAAGCUCUGGGACUGGGACAUGUGGAUGCGGAUGCCAGAGCAGAGGAAGGGCAGAGAGUGCAUCAUUCCUGACGUGUCCCGCUCCUACCACUUUGGUAUAAUCGGCCUCAACAUGAACGGAUACUUCCAUGAGGUUUAUUUCAAGAAACACAAGUUCAACACCGUUCCUAACGUACAUCUGAAGAACGUUGACAGCUUGAAGAACGAAGCUUAUGAAGUGGAAAUCCAAAAUCUGUUGAAAGAAGCGGAGGUACUGGAUCACACUAAGAACCCAUGUGAGGACUCAUUCCUGCCGGACUCUGAAGGGAAGAUCUACGUCAUGUUCAUUAAGAUGGAGUCAGAGAUGGACACAUCCACGUGGACCGAGCUUGCCAAGUGCCUGCAUGUUUGGGAUCUGGACGUACGAGGAUACCACAGAGGCCUGUGGCGGCUCUUCAGGAAGAGGAACCAUGUCCUGGUGGUAGCUGUGCCAAUAUCUCCAUACUCCAUGAAGAAACCAGCCAGUGUCACUCCUAUUCACUUGGAGGCUCCGCCCAAAGACGAGGGAGCGCCAGUGGACCAGAUGUAAACCUGACACACACACACACACGCACACACACUAAUCCAGCCUGGAACCGACCACUACACUGAAUUCAGAGGAAACGGAUGCUGGAUGAGUUUUGGUGAAAUGUUUUUAAACUUUUUCAACCAAAAACUUUCUGACUGUUUUUGUGGGUCACCAUGGCAACUGUGGGCCGUGACUCGCUCUGUUUAACGGUGGUCUAAACUGAACGGUACAAGUGACACUUUUUCACUCAGUGUUUUCUAACGGCGGUCCAUCUUGAACAUUUGUUUUAACUUAUCUCUAUUUAUUUUACAUCAAUCAAUCCUUUGUUUUUUCUUUUAAACGGACGUUUUUGAAGUAAUGAAAUGAUAACGAGAGAAAAGGGUCAUCGUAUUUCAGCAUGAGCGUGUGAGUGUUUAUUUACAACCCUGUGGGUUUUUUGGUUUGGUUUUUCUCGGAUCAGACGUCAUGAGGCUGAGAGACGGAAGCGUCCGAGCAGCGUAAAGUGGAGAUGCAGUCGAAACACAUCUCUUUUGAUCAGUUUCAGUGUGUCUUUAAUAGUUCUCAGAUGUUUACUUGUUUUCUUUGCUCCAUACAACAAACACGGUCAUUUAAACUGGAGCGUUUUGGUUUGAGAACAGCAAUAUUCUGAGGUUUGUCGUACUUUUUAUGGACUUCACAACUAAUCAGUUCAUCUGGAAAAUAACUGACAAAACUGAAAAAACUGAAAAAAAUGAUCAGCCCCACUUUGCACUGAUUCAUGUGAACACACAGACAGACUGUAUGUGGUCAGAGUUUCAAGUGGUACUCACACUACUUACAUUUCAAAAUAAAAGUCUUUCUUUUCAGUAGAGCUGAACAUGACAGGAAAAGAGUGGCAGCAUUACAGGAUGUAGCAGGUGAAAUGUCAGGCGUCUUCACCGACUGUUUUUAUAUAAAGUGAAGCUGGUGAAUAGAUGAUGUGCUCCAGGAUGGUGAAACGACGAGAUAAUUGGACAACAUUGUCCUGGAUAAUCAAAGAUCCUGAGGACGGCAGAGGUGCAUCACUGCUUAAAAAAAAACAAAACACAGAUUCCUCCUUUUAUAGUGAUGACUUCACAUCAGGUGCUGCCUUUACUCACGACACUGAGGCUUGCAUCCAGGUGUGCGUCUUCUCCAAAUUUGUGAAGUCUUGAAGACUCACUGUGACAUCAAUAAAACUGUUAAUUUAGUGGAUCAAGUGAGGAACUGCUGACCAGGAAGCUGUGAAUGUGGAUGGUCGUUACAGACUCGAACACAUGCGUUCUCUGGAGUAGAAUGAGGGGAAAAUGUAACAGGAAGUUGAAGAUGCAAUGCUGCAGCUCUGGAAUAAUGUCCACUCUGUUUCCAUACUUGUGAGAAGCACCAGGGGGCAGCAUAAGGACCAGAUGUAGUCAGUCUGUCAGGUUCUGUGGUGUAUUUGCUCGACUUCUCACGCGACGUUCCUGGAUGCAGUUUGUUGUUGCGUCAACACUGCGCAGCAACGUUAUAACUUAUUAAACUUAUCUUUGUUACAGGCAACAUGACGAGGACACACUUGUUUAAUUGUCCUCAGUAUUUCUUUUGAAACAAUCAUAAACUGUACAUACUUCUGCUACUGCUGCCUCCGUCACUACGUUCAAAUGUGUUCGUUUGAGACUUGAUUUUUUAUUCAGGUUUUACUUCAUACAACCAAACUGGUCCUGAACUGAAAUGUGUGUUUAGAAGCUAAGAGGAUCACACAUUUAAAGGUCCAGUGUGUAGAAUGUAGUGGCAUCUAGGAGGGAAGAGGAUCAGGGCCACAUGUAAGAAAACAAAAUGUAGUGUAAUUAAAGUUAGUUUAAAUCCUAGAAGUCAGACUUUUUAUUCCUCCUAAUUUUUAUCUUAGACCCAUUACUUUAAUCAUAAUCCUGACACUUUAAUCUCAGAGUUCUGACUUUUAUUCCACAGAAUUCGGGCUCAUUUAUUAAAACCCUAAUCCUGUUCUGUAAAGUUGCCUUGUUUGUUUUGCACACAUAAAAAUGAAACACUACAUAAAUUCACAGCCUCCAAUUUUUAAUCACAGAAUAUCUCUAAUUAGGGAUUUUAACAACAAUAAAUCAAUUUUAAUUGUUGCUUCCAGAUUACAUCAAUGGAAACUUUCAGGAAAAUUAAAACUUCAAAGACAUAAUUGAACUGCAGUGUAGAAACAUUGGACUUCUCCACUGUAAAGGAAAGUUGUGGAGGCUGGUGUCGCCACGUUUUCUCCCCGUCAGCAUAAGCACGUGCCUGCGGGUAAUCUGUGUGGCAGGGAGGAUGAUGGUUAGAGGUCAUGUGACCCUGAAUCCUGCUCUUUCUGUUGCACACAGUUAGGGAGCGCGUCUCGGCUCUAGGUUGCAUCAUGAAGGGCAGUCGCUUUAACAAAUCUCAAAUAUGCAGAUCACGUAUGCAGGGGUCGCUGUGGGGGCCCCGGAAGAGGAAGAGAAAAAGUAUUUUUAACCAACUAGUAAUUAUACAGAUGAGUGUUUGUGUGGGGAGGGGCCUCUGUUGGUCAUGGAUGCUUGAUGGUACGAGUUCUACUUGAUAUUAAUGUUCUGUUUCUCGAGGAAACAGAACAUGUUUGAUUUUCUUUAACAUAUACUGUAUACAGUCUGUGUUUCUCACACUGAGACUGUUGUUGUUUGGUUUUGUUUGUGAGGUUUGAACCCUCUGAACCCUCAUUAGUGUCUCCUCAGCAAUAUGUUUGAUUUUUGACUUUGUGUGAGUGAUAUAAAGAGUGUGUGGAGGUUUAAGAUGGAGUUUGACGUGUAUGAGUUCCUGUCAUGGAAAUGAAUAAAGGUGUUCUUUUUAAAAACAACUGAACAAA